CAUGCGCGCCGCGACUCGCCCGUUCGCUCGGAGCAGCUGGCUUCGUCCCUCAGUUCGGGGAAGUGGGGAGACGAGGAGCCGCCGCCGCCGCCGCCGCCGCCAAGACGGACUUCUUGUGGGACAAGCGCACCGGGCUGGCGGCCAAGAGGAUGCCUCAUUCCAGAAGGUUCCGCUCUUCAGAACGCAGCAGCCGGGGCAGCUUCCAUGAGCGUUACAGAAGCCGCAAGCACAAGAGGAGGCGGAGUCGCUCACGGUCGAGCAGCAGUGAGCGGCGCCACCGCAGGGAAGACAGCUAUCAUGUCCGUUCCCGCAGCUACGAUGACCACUCCUCCGACCGGCGCGCCUACGACCGGCGCUACUGCGACGGCUAUCGGCGAGAGGGGUACAGCCGCGAGCGGGGCGACGCCUACUACGAGCCUGACUACCACUCCUACGAGUACCAGCGUUCCCGGGAUGGCAGCUACCGCAGUUGCAAAAGCAGCCGCCGGAAGCGACGGCGGAGACGCCGCCGCAGCCGCUCCUUCAGCCGCUCCUCAUCGCGGAGUCAGCAAAGCGGCCGGAGAGCCAAGAGCGUGGAAGACGACGACGAAGGCCACCUCGUCUAUCGCAUCGGCGACUGGCUUCAAGAAAGAUACGAGAUUAUUAGCACCCUUGGAGAGGGCACUUUUGGCCGGGUGGUACAGUGUGUGGAUCACCGCAGGAGCAAUACACGGGUGGCUCUAAAAAUAAUCAAGAAUGUGGAAAAGUACAAAGAGGCAGCUCGGCUGGAGAUCAAUGUGCUGGAGAAAAUUAACGAGAAGGAUCCGGAGAACAAGAACCUGUGCGUGCAGAUGUACGAUUGGUUCGACUAUCACGGUCACAUGUGCAUUUCCUUCGAGCUGCUGGGACUCAGCACCUUUGACUUCCUGAAGGACAAUAAUUACCUGCCUUACCCCCUCCACCAGAUAAGGCACAUGGCCUAUCAAGUGUGCCUGGCUGUCAAAUUUUUGCAUGAAAACAAGCUCACACAUACGGACCUCAAGCCCGAAAACAUCCUCUUUGUCAACUCUGAUUAUGAGAUGACCUACAACCUGGAAAAGAAGCGAGACGAGCGGAGCCUCAAGAACACGGCUGUCCGGGUGGUCGAUUUCGGCAGCGCCACCUUCGACCACGAGCACCACAGCACCAUCGUUUCCACGCGGCACUAUCGGGCCCCGGAAGUCAUCCUGGAGCUCGGUUGGACCCAGCCCUGUGACGUCUGGAGCAUCGGCUGCAUCAUCUUUGAGUACUACAUGGGCUUCACUUUGUUCCAGACCCAUGAUAACAGAGAGCAUCUGGCAAUGAUGGAGCGAAUCCUGGGUCCCCUUCCAUCGAGGAUGACCAGGAAGACCAGGAAGCAGAAAUACUUCUAUCACGGCCGCCUGGACUGGGACGAGAACACCUCUGCUGGGCGCUAUGUUCGAGAGAACUGCAAGCCGCUGAGAAGGUACCUGGCCUCCGAGGCCGAAGAACACCACCAGCUCUUCGACCUCAUCGAGGGCAUGCUGGAAUACGAGCCGGCCAAGCGGCUGACGCUGGCCGAGGCCCUGAAGCACCCCUUCUUCGACUCCCUGAAGCUGCAGCCUGGCCCCAAAGCCUGGGACUCCAGCCGUGACAUCAGCCGGUGACCAGCGUAGCUCCUCCUCCCUGACUCAUCCCUGCCCCCAGAUACCUUCCCGCACAUUCGGCCCCUGUGGAGGCUCGUGCAGGUUACGCUCAUGCAUUUUGGUGCUUUAAAAAUAAUAAUAACGGGGACGACAAUAAUACAGACUGCGUCCUGAUUCACCACAGGCUCCCUUUUUUGUUAUCAUGUAAAGCUUGUUAAUAUGUGAGAUAGUGUGUGUAUAUAUAAAUAUAAAUAUAUAUAAAUAUAUACAUAUAUAUAUAUAUAAACAUGCAGGAAAUCUUGUGGCAUUUCCCACCUGCCCCAUUCCUGUAAAUAAUGUGACUCUCCUUCUGAAUUGGGGCCCUCUUCUCCUCUCCUGCUCCGGCUGUACAUAAUUCCAGCCCCUUCUCUCCCCCCCCCCCCCGGCAGCGUGUUCUCCACGUCCCCAUGUAAGUUAUAAGGCUGGUGGGAUCCCCUUUGGGGAAUUAUUUUUGGAUACGAAACCAUAGCCCAUUCCAAUGCCAGGAUUUUAUAUGGAUUUUGUACAGUCUUUGUGGAAAAAUCAAAUAAAAUAUGACAUGAAUUAAUGCUAUGAGUAAGGGCUGCUGCUUGGGAUGCUGCUUGUACCUGUCUCCUUCCGUCUGCCUUCUCCAUUUCUUUUGCCCACCUCAAUCCUGACAUUGGUUAAUAGGAUUCCAAUGGGAAGUGGAAUGUCUUAAUGGUCCUCUGCCCCAAGUACCAUUUAAAGUUUUGUAAAAUGCGUGGUAUAGUGGUUAGAGCAGCGGGCUAGCACCUGGGAGACCAUGUUUCAAAUCCUCACUCCGCCGUGUUGAGAUUCCUGCAUUCCUGAGAUUACAGGGGGUUGGACUAGAUGACUCUCAAGGUCCCUUCCAACUCUACAAUUCUAUGAAGCUCUCGCUGUGUAGCCUUGGGCCAGUCACUGCCUCAAAAGACACACACCACCACCAAUUUGUGGAAGGCGGGGUUGCAUCCAAGUCAAUCGUAAACUAGACCCAUUGGAAAUUAACCAGCCAGUGCAAGGCAUGUCCAUUCAGAUCACUGGGUCUAAUUUGAGUAGUUCUACUACCCCUCAAGCUUGGGUGGUGGCAGCCCAGGAGAGGGCCUUCUCGGUGGCAGCCCCUCAGUUGUGGACUUCCCUCCCACAAGGGCCACCUGGUACCUUCGCCAGACAACUUUUGGUGAAUACUGAAGAUGCACCUCUUUCAGUGGGCUUUGACAACUGAGAGAUCUGUUUUCAGGGCUCACACCCUUGUUCCUGUGACUAAUCUGUUUUAACCGUUUUUAAUUUUAAAUAGUUGUGGGGACCUGCGGAGUGGGCGGUAAAUUUAGUGAUGAUACAGAGAUUUGUAUUUAAAUAGGUCCCCGUAGGAUUUCCUGCCACCAUCAACUUUUGCUAUAAGGUCCCCAAAAUUACAAUAAUAUACAGUUAUGAAAAAUGGCUAGGAAUAUGUUUAACUACUAUAAAAUGAGUAAACCCAGUUGAAGUGGAACAGAGCCGUAUAAAUUCAGUAAAACAAAAUGCCCUUAGCUGUCAAAUACCAGGCUGAAGUGUUGCAUCUUCAUUAUACAGCGGAAGCUGUACAAUGAAGUUGCUACAGGAUGCCCCUCUUUGGGAAGGGAGUGCCGCAAUUUGGGAGCUGCUGGAGAGAAACGUAAGCAUUCCUAAGCACAUUUACCCUAAAAUGGGCGUCUUUUUACUCACCUAGGUAAUACAUUGCGUAAUCUGGAGACAAGCAAGCACCGAUGGGCAAUUAUGGGGUUUAUCCCGUGUUAGUCCUACUCAAAGUAGACUCGUGGAAAUGGUUUUGUUUAUUACUUCCAAUGGGUCUACUAAUGCUGGGAAAACCCCAAUGUUCUGAUCUGUGCACGGCGUCAGGUGACAUGAAUUAGGUCAAAGGCGGAUCGUGGUGUUGCCGUCACGGUGUGUUUUGAGUUCUUUUUUUAAAAGCAUGUGUCCAGGGAGCUGGAGUCCUUCCAGCUUUGCAAGUCGGUGGGGCUGGUGGUGCUUUGACUCAGCUGGGCUGGGCCAUCCCUGCAGGCUUAAAUGACAAGGUCACGAGGGCUGACCCAUGGCAGAUCCCCGUUGGCCAUUCUUGCUCUUGAUCCCUCUUGUGGAUCUAUUCCAGAGGGCUAGUGUGUUAAUCUGUUAAAAUAAGUGCAAAGUCUUAAUCAAAGUACAAACAACCCUUAAACCUCCUUUGAUGUCAACUGCAGAAAUAUACAUAUGUUCUGGGUGUGGGUAUUAAAGUGCCCCAUAGCAUGCCAUGUGUGUGUUGGAAGAUGGGGGUUUAGUUCUGCUUUUCAUGGGAUGGGGUCCCUGUAUUUCUCAUUGACUUGUGUAAAAUGUGUGUGUGUGUGUG